UAAAAUCCGGCGGUGGACGAUGAGUCUCGGUUCCCCUUUCUUCUGGAAACAUCUCAUAGCCACCCGACAGCCCCGGGUGGGAUCAAACACCGCGGGUUUCUUUGCUGCCCUGUGGGUUUUGUAAUCCCGAGCCCGUGUCCCCAGUGUGCCUGAUCGUGGCUACAAGUAGCCUCGGAGCGGUAGGGGUUUGGGUGGGAUAAAACUCCUGAGGUAAGUGAAGUCGUUGGUAUCUCGCCCUGGAAAACGAGUGGUGGUGGAAUACGGCUGAGUCAGUCGGUGAAUGCUGCCCAGCUCCUUCCCUAGUUAUUUUUGGGUGCCCUUAGAAUGUGAGGAACUAAGCAUGGGUGUGAUCUCAAGAGGAUGCUGGAAAGAACAUUAUAAACACCACUGGUUCCCAGAAAAGCCAUGCAAGGGAUCAGGUUACCGAUGUAUCCGGAUCAACCAUAAAAUGGAUCCUCUCAUUGGACAGGCAGCACAGCGGAUUGGAUUGAGCAGUCAGGAACUGUUCCAGCUUCUUCCAAGCGAACUCACUCUAUGGGUUGACCCGUAUGAAGUGUCCUAUCGUAUCGGAGAGGAUGGCUCAAUCUGUGUGCUGUAUGAAGCUGCACCAGCAGGAGGUAGCCAAAAUAACACCAACAUGCAAAUGGUAGACAGCAGAAUAAGCUGUAAGGAGGAACUUCUCUUGGGCAGAACUAGCCCUUCCAAAAGCUACAAUAUGAUGACUGUAUCAGGUUAAGAUAUAGUCUGUGGAUGGAUCACCUUAAAAUGGAUGGAUAAAUUUGGUUUUUACUUUGGGUGGGCGCCUCUGGGGAUGGAUUAUGGAAUUUAAACCAUGUCACAGCUGUGAAGAUCUGGCACACGUUAGAGUGGUAUACUUUAAAGUGACAGUGCCAUAGUUUGGACAGUACCUUUCAGUGAUUUAAUAGCCUGUGAGUCAAAAUGAUUGCAACUUGCUAGGGAGUGAAGAAGAUCUAGGAAGGGUCAGUUUCUCCAAGACAUCUUACUUAAUUUCUACACCAAUUUUCAACCCCAAUCUGUAUUUAUAAAGUGAUUCUCUGCAGUAGGUCUUGCAGAGUAAAUUUGCACUAUUACAUUUAUUAAUUGUUAGCAUUUUUGGCAGCUCAGUAACAAGACUUACUGUUAUGAACACGAUAGUACUGGAAAUUUUAUUUUUCAGACUUUUACCUAGCACUUACAAAUAUGUAUAAAUGUACAUAAGAUAAACUAGUAAGUAUGACCUGGGGAAAUGGUCAGAUCUUUACAUUGGCCUCAAAAGUAGCAAGUGAUCAGAAUCUGCCAUGGCAACAGGCUUUAAAAAGACCGUAUAAAGACACUGUCUGAACUGUGGUGUUAGCACCAGCCAGCUAUCUGUACAUUUGCUAGCUUGUAGUUUUCUAAGACUGAGUAAACUUCUUAUUUUUAGAAAGUGGAGGUCUGGUUUGUAAUUUCCUUGUUCUUAAUUGGGUAAAAGUCUUUUCCACAAACCGCCAUCUAUUUUGUGAACUUUGUUAGUCAUCUUUUAUUUGGUAAAUUAUGAACUGGUGUAAAUUUGUACAGUUCAUGUAUAUUGAUUGUGGCAAAGUUGUACAGAUUUCUAUAUUUUGGAUGAGAAAUUUUUCUUCUCUCUAUAAUAAAUUGUUUCCUAUCUUGGCAUUUUAA